UAUCACACCUCGACACACUGGUAGAAGCGGUGGUAGUGAAUGAAGGUUUGCCUAAUCCAUUCCUUCUUUGCUUACCCAGACUACACCUGCAACCUGGUGCCGUAGUUGAGGAACCUCAUCUUGGUGUCACUGACUGCGCAGAAGAGUUGUGGUUCGACGUCAAUAUUUUACUCAGACAGAAAACAACCAGUGACGACCAGGAGUUCUUCGAGGGUUGUAUGAGGACAUCUUGAAGCAUCUUUUCUACAACAAGCUUUAUCACGUCACGUUCCUCGGAAACUCGAACCUGCGGAACGUCAACGAGGGUAUGCCUAGAGUACCCUGCGCGGUAGAAGAAAAAUGCUGCCACACACUCAAAGCCGUGUUGUCAUGGCUCUGCUGAUUCCCAUCUGCCUAUUUAAACUGAACUUCAAGAAUGUCGACGCAAUUCCCACGAAAGAGGAUAAAGACGCAACAGUGGUUACCAUAAUCGACAUUCAGCGCUUAGGUGAGGCCAACCUGGAUGAUGCCACCCGGGGAUACAUCGGCAGUGGAGCGGGCCAGGAGCAGACAUUGAACGAAAACACCGCUGCAUUCACGAGGCUUCGCUUCAGGCCACGGUCUCUUGUGGAUGUGGCGAAGAUUCAGACGGCCACUACUGUGUUAGGUCGAAAAAUAUCUUUUCCUCUUGGCUUCUCCCCUUCCGCUGCACAUAUGAUAGCACACGAGGACGGAGAAUUUGGAACUGCAAAAGCGACUCGGGACGCCGGCACCUUGAUGAUUGUGAGCGCCGUGAGCACAGCCUCGUUGGAAGACAUCAGGGCUAGCGCACCGGACUGCCUUCUGUGGCAGCAGAUAUACUUAUUCAAGAACCGCUCUUUGACCGAGUCCAUCGUCAGGAGGGCGGAGCGUCAAGGUUUUGCUGCCAUUGUGGUCACCGUUGACUCACCCGUCGCUGGACAGUCUGCAUUCAUCACCAAGAGUAUGUUCGAGCUUCCGAAAGGCCUCAG